AUGGCGUCGGCCAGAGGCAGCUGUCGCGUCGCCCGCGCCAUCGAGUCGGUGAUCUCUUUGAGCAGGCUGACAGACGCGUCGUCGGGGCUGCCCCCCAACAGCUCGGUGGGCAACGGGUCUGAGAGCUCCCGCCCCGCCUGGGGUCCCCGUUGCCUGGACUGCCUGGAGGGGGCGACAGGCGCCGGCGCGGCUCUGGCCCUGCGAGCGCUGAUCGCAUGCGCCUAUCUGGUCCUGUGCGCGGUGGGGCUGGUGGGCAAUGUGCUGGUGCUGGUCCUGGUGCGCUCCCAGCAGCGGCGGCGUCCCUCGCUGCUCAACUGCUUCCUCCUCAACCUGGCUGCCACCGACCUUCAGUUCGUGCUGACAUUGCCCUUCUGGGCUGCAGACACAGUGCGUGACUUCAGCUGGCCCUUCGGAGGCGCCAUGUGCAAGGUAGUGUUGACACUCACCGUGCUCAACAUGUACGCCAGCAGCUUCUUCCUCAGCGCCAUGAGCGUGGCGCGCUACUGCGCAGUGGUGGGCGCGCUGCGCCCGAGCCGUCGGGGCGCCCCGCCCGCCGCUUGCGUGUGUGGCUUCCUCUGGGCUGCAGCCGUCUUGGCUACGGCGCCCACCACCCUGUUCGCCACGGCGGUCUGGGUGGGCGGCGAGCCUCUGUGCCUGCUCCGCUUCCCCGACCGUGGCCCCGACUGGCUGGCGCUCUACCACCUGCAAAAGAUCGCCGUGGCCUUCGUGCUACCGUUGGCCACGCUGGGCACCUGCUCGCUGCUGCUUCUGCGCUUCCUGCGGCGCCGGCGGGCAAGCUGGUCGUCAGGGGUCCGGCCCCGACGGCGCUCCCGGGUCACCCGCGCGUUGGCCUGCGUCCUGCUGGCCUUCCUGCUCUGCUGGCUGCCCAACCAGGCGCUCACGCUCUGGGGGGUGCUGAUCAAGCUGGACGCCAUCCCUUGGGACCGCGCCUAUUUUCUCGCCCAGGCCUACCUCUUCCCCGUCUCCAUCUGCCUGGCGCAUGCCAACAGCUGCCUCAAUCCGCUGCUCUACUGCUUGUUGCGCCGCGACUUCCGCCAGGGCUUGCGAGAGAUGUGUGGCCGUGCCAAGGGCACCCCGAACCUCAGACCCGGCUCCGAAGGCCGUGCUCCAGCAUCCACGCUCUCCAAUAACCAGGCCUGA